UUCCUCGAAUGCGUCGUAAAUAAAAAGUAUCAUCAAAUAGUCGGCGGUCACAGUUGAGAUUUUCUUUUCUCACGGCGCAGUUCAGUGGCGGAGUAAAAAAUACGCUAUUUAGUGAAUACUAUUCGCGAAAAUUCCCCUUCCACUUGAAGGUCAUCGUAGGCAACACCUUUCUGCGCCUCGCAGCUCUCGCGCGUGUGUGUUUUGAUGGAGUUUAGUGAUAAGAGACUCGCCGGGACGUCUUGUGGAAUAUGAGCAGUCAAACCAUGUCCGGUACACAUCACACGGGUUCCGGUUCCAAUGCUGCCAGCUGCAUGACGGCCACUCAGGAAAUCGAGCUGACGGCUCGCUUUGCUGAGCAAAUGGCGCAGCUGUGCAUGUCCCAGAUGUACUCCGAUGUGACGUUCAUCGUGGACGAUAUGCGGCUACCGGCACAUCGGGUAAUACUGGCUGCUCGGAGCGCCUACUUUAAUGCACUACUGUACGGCGGUAUGAAGGAAUCGCAGCAGAACGAAAUCAAGCUGGACGUGCCCCUGAUGGCGUUCAAGGCACUGCUGCGGUACAUCUACUCCGGCUGUAUGUCCCUGUCGCAGAUGCGGGAGGAGCACAUUCUCGACACGCUGGGGUUGGCCAACCAGUACGGCUUCGACGACCUGGAAAAAUCCAUCUCCGACUAUCUCCGGCAGGUGCUCGCGCUUGGCAACGUGUGUGCCAUUCUGGACGCUGCCCGGUUGUACGGGCUCGAUAGUUUGUCCACCGUGUGUCAUCUGUUCGUGGAUCGCAAUGCGACCGAAAUUCUCAAGCAUGAAACGUUCUUCAACCUAUCACUCGACUCGUUGGUUUGCCUACUGCAGCGCGAUUCAUUCUUCGCCACAGAGGUAAACAUAUUCCAAGCCGUCUUUGAUUGGUGCCGUGCUAAUAAGGAAAGCUUGAAAAAUGACGACAUCAGCAGCGUAGUUGGCCGGGUUCGUUUCUCGCUGAUGUCCGUCGACGAACUGCUGACCGUGGUGAGACCGUCAGGGAUUCUGGAUCCCGACCGGCUUCUUGAUGCGAUCGCCGAGAAGAUUUCCUGCACGCAGCUACCGUACCGUGGGGCCUUGUGGCCCGAGGAAAACGUUGCCACGGCAAAGUUCAACUCACACACCAUCAUCGGGGAGAUGCGGUCGGCGCUGCUCGAUGGGGACACCGUUUCGUACGACUUGGAGAAGGGAUACACGCGCCACUCGAUCGGUGAGAACGGAGAAGCGCACGGAAUCGUCGUCGAGCUGGGAACGGUGUUCAUCAUAAACCAUAUCAAAAUGCUGCUCUGGGACCGUGACAACCGGUCGUAUAACUACUACAUCGAGGUGUCGGUCAAUCAGCGCAACUGGGUACGCGUGGUGGACAACACCAAAUACGUCUGCCGAUCGUGGCAGCAGCUGUACUUUCCCGCGCAAGCGGUCCGCUACAUCCGGCUGGUCGGUACGUACAACACCAUGAACAAAGUAUUUCAUGUCGUCGCCCUGGAAGCGAUGUUUACCGAGUCAACGGUACCGCUGGUGGAGGGUAUUUUAGCGCCUACUGAUAACGUGGCCACCGUCGAGUGUGGUGCAUUCGUCAAGGAAGGUGUCAGCCGCACCCGGAACGUCCUUCUGAACAGAGUCGUGCAGAACUACGACUGGGAUUCGGGUUACACGUGUCACCAAAUUGGUACGGGUGUAAUUCUAGUUCAGCUUGGGCAACCGUUCUGGAUUAGCUCGCUCCGCUUACUGCUGUGGGAUCGUGACAAUCGUUCGUACAGCUUCUUCAUCGAGGCAUCUACCGACAUGAAGCACUGGGAACUGAUUGCUGACAAACGGAGGGAACCACUGCAGUCAUGGCAGCACUUUUCCUUCACCCCGAUGGUGAUCGUGUACAUUCGCAUCGUUGGCACGGCCAAUACGGCCAACGAGAUGUUUCACUGUGUGCACUUUGAGUGUCCCUCACAGGAUCCGGAUUUUAUUAAAACCGAACGUCAGAAUGGCACCGGAGGGAAGCUUGAUGAUACGGAGCGAACGGACACGGCAGACCCGAAUCAGCAAAUUUCUGCCAACGAUCGUAAUUCAGCGACAGAAGGUGAUGGUAGCGACUAGGGGAAACAAGAAAAACAUACCUAUAGCCCUAAAGAGGAAAGUAUAUUUGUUUAAGUGAAUGUUUGUUUCCUACUUAGUUGUGCCUCCGGUACAUCACUGACACUGGAAUCUCUUAAGGACGAUUUUCAAAAAAUCAUUGGGAUGUCUCUAAUUCGGUACUGAAAACUUUGUAUUUUUGAAAGGCUGUUUAAAAUUACCAUUUGAUAUGUAUGUAUGGAAUACUUGUGCUGAUUACUGUUAACUUUUUUGAACAGAACAAAAAGAAAUAAAGGAGCAUGGAUCUGUGUGUACGUUACAUGGAACCGGAAUCUAUUUUUAUAUUUGCUUACUAUGAACGAUGACAAAUACAAUUUGAUAUGUAUGUAUAGAAUACUUGUUCU